GAGGUCUAGAUACAUCGCCAUCGCAUAACUGUUUUCGCUGAAAAGCGUGUUGGAUCGUCUUCGUUGUACUUCACCUCUCCAAAAAGAGUUAUUGCUGUUAACAAGCUGGUGUUAAUUAUUCUACGUCAGUCUUUUAGUGGACACUAAUUUAUUAUUGAGAAGAUGGCAGCAGAACACUCUGCUCGAAACUUUGCUGCUAUGAGCCGAUCAAUGGAAGUGGACUUACGUAUUGGUAACCCUGCACAUACACUCCAAAGAAUUCGAGCAAUGGAAUCCCCACCUGCACAUGCCAAACCUACUACAGCUGAAAACACUUCAAAUUCCUUAUUGAUCAAAACUACUAGUCCAGCGAUUCUGGCAAGCUUGACCGCUGGAGCUAUGGCCGGUGCCCUAGCUAAGACGGUGAUUGCCCCAUUAGACAGAACAAAAAUCAUUUUUCAGGUGACCAAAAUGUCAUUUAACGCCCGAGGAGCUCUUCGUUUCUUAAUCAAAAGUUACAAAGAGGAUGGUUUGCUGAGUUUAUGGCGAGGGAAUUCGGCAACUAUGGCCCGCAUCGUUCCCUACGCUGCAAUUCAGUUCACCGCACACGAACAGUGGAAACACUUUUUACACACCGACAGACCAGAAGCUCCAACAGGAAUGCGAUUUUUGGCUGGAUCAUUGGCAGGAGUGACGGCCCAAUCGAUAACGUAUCCGCUGGACCUAGCACGAGCCAGAAUGGCUGUAACUCACCGUGAUAUGUACGGUUCUAUAAUCCAGGUUUUUGUAAAGAUGUGGCGAGCAGAAAGACCUAAAGCCUUCUACAAAGGUUUCACCCCUACUAUAUUGGGGGUCAUCCCUUACGCCGGAGUCAGUUUUUGUACCUUCGAGAGUUUGAAAGUUAAACACAAAGAAAUCACCGGAAGAUCAGCACCCAAUCCCCUCGAGAGAUUGCUGUUUGGUGCACUGGCCGGCCUUUUCGGACAAACAGCUUCUUAUCCUUUGGACAUCGUGAGGCGACGGAUGCAAACUUCGGGCCUGAACGGCUGCAGUUAUCCGUACGACACCAUUCGCGGGACCCUUCGCUACGUCUACAGAACGGAAGGGAUCAUCGGUGGACUGUACAAGGGCUUGUCGAUGAAUUGGAUCAAAGGCCCGAUUGCCGUCGGCAUCAGUUUCGCCACGUUCGACAUCUGUCAGAACGCUUUGAAACAACUGUCCGUCUUCCGAGCAGCUCCGUAAAC